AGAAAGACGAUCCUUUGGCACAAUUUAAUGUUGGUUGGUGUCAUAAAAAUGGAAGAGGAAUAGCAAAAGAUGAAACUAAAGGAUCACAAUAUCUUAUGAAAUCUGCUUUUGUUGGAAAUAUUGAUUCAAUAUGUGAAAUUGGUUAUAAUUAUGUAAAUGGUAUGGGUGUGGGAAUUGAUGUGAAAGCAUUUGAAUGGUAUAAAAAAGCUGCCGAAAGUGAAAAUUAUGAUACCGAUAGCAAAUAUUAUCUUGGGAAAUGCUUUUAUGAAGGAUAUGGACUAGGAAAGAUAUAA